AAAAUGAACUGCCACCGGUCCCUGUCAGCUGUUCGACGAAUGCACACCAUACAUGCCAGAAAAUUACUUUAUUGUGAUUAUGGAGAGCCUUCUCAAGUUGUUAAACUUGUCGAGGAAAAAAUUUCGACUCCUCAAAGUAAUCAGAUUGUAUUGGAGAUGCUCGGUGCCCCUAUUAAUCCUGCUGACAUCAACACCGUUCAAGGCGUGUAUCCGAUCAAACCUCCACUUCCCUCAGUUCCUGGAAAUGAAGGUGUAGGUAGAGUUUUGUCCAUUGGCAGUGAUGUGAAGAACGUGUCUGUUGGUGAUACAGUUGUACCGCUUGAGGUUGGAUUGGGAACAUGGAGAACACAUGGUUUAUUUGAUGCCAGUCAAUGGAUGAAGGUCUCCAGUAAACUAGGAAUUGCUGAAGCUGCAACUCUCUUAACUAAUCCACCAACAGCUUAUCGAAUGUUGAAGGACUUUGUGUCCUUAAACCCUGGAGAUGUUGUUAUUCAGAAUGGGGCUAACAGUGCCUGUGGCCAGUAUGUCAUACAACUCUGCAAUGCUUGGAAUCUGACAUCUGUGAAUGUUGUGAGGGAUCGACCAAACAUUAAUGAUCUUAAAGAUUCUCUUUUGAAACUUGGAGCUUCUCAUGUUCUUACUGAAGAGGAAUUAAGAUCAACAAGUCUUUUCAAGUCUGGUGGAUUGAAAGCUCCUAAAUUGGCUUUGAAUUGUGUUGGUGGUCAAAGUGGAAUGGAAAUUUUACGCAAACUGCAGACCAAGGGAGUUCAUGUCACCUAUGGUGGUAUGUCACGUCAUCCUGUGACAGCCCCCACAUCAGCUUUGAUCUUCAAAGACGUUCAACUUCGUGGAUUUUGGAUGUCUCGGUGGAGUAAAGAGAAUGCAACUAGCUCUGAGCGACAGAAGAUGUUCCAAGAAAUUAUUGACUUAAUGUUAAGUGGUGCUGUCAAGGCUCCUACCCACAAACUACUGCCCUUCAAAGACUAUGACAUUCCUCUGAAGAAAACUCUAGAUAUGAAAGGCUUUACUGGUCAAAAAUUUAUUUUUACCUUCAGUGAGAAUGUAUAAACAGAAAAUAUCAGAUGUUAAAGUUUCUCAGGGACUUUACUUUUCCACCCACAUGUGCUUUAGGUAAUACAGUAUUUGCAUUUUAUUGUGCUUUGUCACAAUUAGUUGGCUGUGCUCUUCAAACAAUUUUAUUUUGUAACUGUAGACUAUCUGUAUUAAAGUCAAAUUAAAUUACCACAUGAGGAA